CUUUAGUUGUCUUUCCGAGAGAGAAGAGACGAAGCUGUUGGAACCCUUUGUAGUGAGUCGUGGUAAGGAUGUAUGGAAGAAACGAAGUUGAGAUGGGUAGAAUUUGAGAGAGAGGGCAUCAUGGGCUGAACAUGUCUCAUGUAUAGAACCGAAGAUGGAGCCUUUUUGCUUUCCUUUUAGCACAAUCUUUUAAGGAGAAGAAUGCAGGCGAUGGCGAACAGCGUGCAGCGCAGUGGUAGUUACGUUUCUCGUGUAAUAUCGAGACACAGGAGCAGGAGUAGCACUGCCACGUCAACAAGCUCAAUUUCCAACGUAGCAGCAGCGGAAUGCGAAAGAAACGGAGCCGAACUGCAGAUGCUCGUGGAGUAUGGCUAGGAGUCUGAGGGAGCUCGAUGUGAAGGAUCCCAAACCUAACCCAACGAUAAGAUAACAGAUAAGAUAGAUCUGCUCUUGAUGCAUUACAACAUCCUACCUUACUGUCCUACCACAAGAGAGACAAAAGAUCUCUUGAUGCAUUACAACAUCCUACCUUACUGUCCUACCACAAGUACCAAGACUUCCGUUCUUUAAUCACGAAUUCCUUUUUCUUCAUAUUCCCAGACAAGCAGCAGCGGAUGACUACGUGAAACUCUGGUCCUUUAGAAGACACACACGUGAAAAAGUGGCCGAAAGAGACGAUCACUUUGAUCGAGCUCACGGAGACCCUGACUGGUUCGGAUCCACACACUAUUUGCCAAAACUUCUCACCCGCAUGAAGAUCAACAGGGGUGGUCGCGGGGGUUGGGGUGCGAGAUACGGUAGUGCAGGUGGCCAAUUCACAAAGUGGGUAAGGACACAAGUAAGACCAGAGGGGGCGAAAAGAUAGGCGUUGCUGUUGUUGUUGUUGUUGUUGUAGUAAAUACGCGAAGACGUGAUCAUCUUCAUAGGCCAUUCACACAUUCAUCGCUUUUCCUACUUUUGGGAUGAACCAGUACAACUACAAGCUUGUGUUGAGAACGUCAACAUACAAAGUUUCUGAUUGCGU